AUGAUGCACGAUCGCGACCAGGACAAUGACGACAUUAUCGCAAUCAAUGAGGAAGGCGUUGGUCGGACAGACGGUGAAGUGAAGAAUGCAAAUGGACCAGGAAUUGUGCCAGCCGAAACAAGUCAAGCCAUCGAGGACCAUAGUGGCGGAGACGAUCCAGCAUCUCGCGAUGUCCCGAAAGCCGGAAAUGCGAAAGUGGACCCCCGAAUCGGCCGCUCACCACCAACACCAACAAGCUCGACCGACGAAGGCGACGACAAACCGCGUGUAUGGUCGUCGUUUCUGGAAAUUCUGAAUUGGAUGCCGCAACGAUGUAGGUACGACGCCAAAGACCCGCCCAAGUUCACCCUGGCGAUGAAUGUCUUGCUUGGCUUUGCCGGCACCUUUACCGUCGCGAACCUAUACUACCCGCAACCCAUUUUGAAUGUCAUCGCUGAGGAAUUCAACGUCAGCAAUGAGCAUGCUGCUUCGGUUGCCACACUGUCCCAGGCUGGCUAUGCCGUUGGUCUGCUUUUCCUGUGUCCACUGGGGGAUAAGGUGCGGCGGAGGCCGUUUGUGUUGCUGUUGAUUUGGAUCACGGCCACGGUGUGGCUAGGACUGUGUCUCACAACCAAAUUCGAGGUCUUUCUAAGUUUGUCCUUUCUUUGUGGCGUAGGAACCGUCACGCCGCAACUCAUGCUACCCCUGGUCGGGGAUCUCGCCCCACCCCAUCGACGCGCCAGUUCUCUAUCCGUCGUCGUAUCUGGUCUCGCCCUCGGCAUGUUGAUAGCACGUGUGCUAUCCGGCAUAGUCGCCAACUACACCUCUUGGAGGAACAUCUACUGGCUAUCCUUCGGCGCACAGUAUCUAGUUCUCAUAUUGCUAUUCUUUUUCUUGCCUGACUACCCGGCCAAAAACCGGGAACUCAACUACUUCGCGCUACUGUGCGAUAUCAUAGUCAUGGUGGUCAGGGAGCCGCUUCUCUUCCAAGCAUGCCUCAUCGGGUUCCUCCUCAGUGCGGCUUUCACGUCGUUCUGGACUACCCUGACGUUUCUCCUUGCGUCACCACCAUACCUGUAUUCAUCCCUCGAGAUCGGUCUGUUUUCCUUCAUUGGCAUAGCUGUCAUCUGCCUCGGGCCACUGUGGUCGCGUCUGAUUACUGAUCGUUUCGUGCCGCUGUUCUCCGUUAUUCUCGGCCUCUCCUUCGAAUUUGUCGGCAUUGUUGUCGGCACGUGCAUAGGAAAGUUCACCGUGGCUGGACCGAUUGUACAAGCCAUCACCAUGGAUACGGGCGCCAAUUUCGCACACACAGCGAACAGGACGAAUGUGUACAACCUCAAUCCCAAAGCGCGGAACCGAGUUAACACGGCGUACAUGGUCUUCAGCUUUGCGGGACAGCUUACUGGGACAGCGGUGGGAAAUCGGCUGUAUGCUCAGGGGGGUUGGCUGUGGAGUGGGGGUUGCAAUAUUGCAUUUAUUGGCACUGCAAUUUUACUUUGCUUGGUUAGAGGGCCGAGAGAGGUGCGAUGGAUAGGUUGGGGUGGCGGCUGGAAUGUGAGAAGAGACGAACUACUGCCAAAGAACGAGCCGGCUUUCAACUUGGAGCGCACCGUCGAAGAGGCCGUGCCUGUCGAAGAUGAGAAGAGCAAAUAG